AUAUUCCCGUCAUGAUCAUGGCAUUAAAGGCGCGUUGUCUCGAGGCGAUUGGCACCGCACCAAAGACAUCCUUCUCAAGGCGACACAUGGAUCAUCGACACGAUAAAGAAGUCUGGUCUACGUGGGCGUGGAGGUGCUGGGUUUCCCUCCGGUCUGAAAUGGUCCUUCAUGAAUAAGCCUAAUUGGCAGGCGGAUAAACGUCCUCGCUACUUGGUCGUCAAUGCUGACGAGGGCGAACCGGGUACUUGCAAAGACCGUGAGAUCAUGCGAGGCGAUCCUCAUAAACUCAUCGAGGGGUGUCUCGUUGCUGGGCGUGGUAUGAAUGCCAAUGCUGCGUACAUUUACAUUCGUGGGGAGUUCUACCAGGAAGCCAGUCACGUCCAACAAGCCAUAGAUGAGGCCUACAAAGCCGGCCUCAUCGGCAAAAAUGCUUGCGGGAGUGGCAUGGCGUUCGAUGUUUACCUUCAUCGUGGCGCUGGCGCGUACAUCUGCGGCGAGGAGACCGCACUUAUCGAAAGCCUGGAAGGGAAGCAGGGGAAACCUCGUCUGAAGCCACCGUUUCCAGCUGACGUCGGUCUCUUCGGGUGUCCGACCACUGUGGCCAAUGUUGAGACUGUUGCGGUAGCUCCUACCAUCUGUAGACGAGGUGGAGAAUGGUUUGCUUCUUUCGGCAGGGAGCGGAACCAGGGCACCAAGCUUUUCUGUGUAUCUGGGCAUGUCAACAACCCAUGUGUUAUCGAGGAGGAAAUGAGCAUCCCGCUAAAGGAGCUUCUGGAGAAGCAUUGCGGUGGCGUUCGCGGUGGUUGGGAUAACUUGUUAGGAAUAGUGCCCGGUGGCAGCUCCGUUCCGAUCCUGAACCAAAAGCAAUCGGGCGAGGUUUUAAUGGACUUUGACUCGUUGAAGGAUGCCGGCUCGGGUCUUGGCACAGGUGCCGUCAUUGUUAUGGACAAGUCAACGGACGUGGUUGCCGCCAUUGCUCGCUUUUCUGACUUUUACAAGCACGAAUCGUGUGGCCAAUGCACACCCUGCCGAGAAGGCACAACGUGGAUGAUGAACAUGAUGCGCCGCUUUGUUGAAGGAAGGGGUCACCAGCGCGAGAUUGAUAUGCUUUUGGAACUGACCAAACAAAUCGAAGGGAGAACAAUUUGCGCUUUGGGUGAUGCUGCCGCAUGGCCUAUUCAAGGUUUGAUGAAGAACUUCCGUACGUCGCGUUUCUUUUUUUUCCUUCUGGUGUUGUACCAACUGGCCGAUUCUUCCUUUUUUAUAGGACCAGAAGUGGAAGCUCGCAUCGCGAACUUCAGAAGAGAGACAGGGCCUGUUCUCUUUGGUGGUCGCAUGGUGUCUGAUGUGGACAAGAGAUUAGCUAUACCCGAUAAUAUGGGUCUCUAUUUGGACGACGCCACACCCAAUAGACAGGAUGGGGCAAAAGUGUAAUAAACUUCAUCUAUAUCAAGAUCACUAUAUUAGACUGCCACACGCAGCCAUUGCUAUUAUGGACAAUUUUUAUCCAACCAUGCAGCAACUCCAUCUUGGUAGAGCCAAACAGAAAAGGUGAAUGAAAACGGAGGUUGGAUAUAUAGUGCAGAGGGCGGUAUCUCGUCAUCGUGGCCCUCGAGUUUCCGGCCGGGAGAUGAAUUUAUACAGCAAUGCUCUCCCUUGGUAUGUGCUACCGAAGAAUUGUUUGCAUAUGACGAUGGGCUUUAGAUUGCAGGCAAGGGACCUCGAACAACACUUCUUUUGACUG